CCAUAUCAUUCUCCUCUCUCUCUCUAAGAAUAUAUUUCCACACUCUCUCUCUUCGUUGUCAAUGGCGAAUCGCAGCUCAUCUUCAUAGUCAUCUUCCAAUUGUCUGACCACAAAUCUCAACUUGAAUUUGCCUACUUCUGAUUGAUCUGGAAGCGGAGAAGUAACCGAUUUAAUUGGAAAGGACAAUUUUGAUGAAUCUGAGUGUAUUCAUCAUGAUCUGAAUUUAAGGAUGAGCGAUCUACAUAUUUUUUGUUUGUGGAGGAAGCUUAGCUUGAGGUUGCUUUGCUGACUUGUGGAAGAAUCAUUGGAGUGUUGAAAUUCUUACUAGAAUAGGUUAUGAUUCUUAGUUGGAUUGCUUCUUACUGAAGAAUUUGGAUAUGAGAAGCUCCUGGUUCAGCAAACUCUCUCUUAUCCUCGGUCCUAGACCGCCGCUCAAUUGGUUGCUAUUGUGUCUGAUUAGCAUUCUAGUACUAAUUGCUUUGUUGGGAUCAUCUUCCUCGAGUACCUUUGAUUCUAUAACUUCCAAUCUCAAGCCAGAUACUUAUACAAACUAUAGAAGGUUGAAGGAGCAGACAACUGAUUACUUGGAAUUGAAGUCACUAUCUGUAGGAACUGUUGGUUUAAGUGAGCUUCCUUUUUGUGGUAAAGAAAGGGAAAACUAUGUACCUUGCUACAAUGUAACUGCAAAUUUGUUAGCUGGAUACGAUAACGGAGAUGAGUUUGAUAGGCAUUGUGACGUGUCCCGUGAUCAACAAUAUUGUUUGGUUCAUCCUCCAAAGGACUAUAAAAUCCCUUUGAGGUGGCCAACAGGCAAGGAUGUGAUCUGGAGUGGAAAUGUAAAGAUUAGUAAAGAUCAGUUCCUUUCUUCUGGUAGCAUGACUAAAAGAUUAAUGCUACUGGAGGAGAACCAAAUUGCUUUUCAUUCUGAAGAUAGAGCUUUAAAUGACGAUGUUAAAGAUUAUUCCCACCAAAUAGCAGAGAUGAUAGGCCUGAGAAGUGACUCAGAUUUUUUUCAAGCUGGUGUGCAAAAUGUAUUAGAUAUUGGUUGUGGCUUUGGAAGUUUUGGGGCUCAUCUGUUAUCAAGAAACGUAAUGGCUACAUGUAUUGCGGCUUAUGAGGCAUCUGGUAGCCAAGUUCAGCUGGCCCUUGAGAGAGGUCUCCCAGCUAUCAUUGGCAACUUUAUUUCCAGGCAACUUCCAUUUCCAUCAUUAUCUUUUGAUAUGGUUCAUUGUGCUCAAUGUGGCAUUAUCUGGGAAGAAAAAGACGGGAUAUUCCUCAUUGAGGUUGACCGAAUCCUAAAGCCUGGAGGAUACUUUGUUUUGACAUCACCUUCAACCAAGCCUCAUGCAAAUUCAUUGAGUGCAAAAAGGGCAAGCAUGUUGUCUCCUAUUCAAGGUUUUGCUGAAAGACUCUGUUGGAAGCUCGUGACUCAAGAAGAUGAGACGUUCAUGUGGCAGAAAACUAUUGAUCCCCUUUGCUACUCGUCAAGGAAAUCAAAUGAUAUACCAGUUUGCAAAGGAAACUCGGAUGCUCAAUCAUAUUAUCAGCCACUUUUGCCUUGUUUAAGUGGGAAUAACAGGCGUUGGAUUCCAGUCCAGAACAAGUCUUCUGCUACUUCAUUGAGUAUCAAUGACCUCCAAGUUCAUGGAGUUGUUCCUGAAGAAUUCUUAGAGGAUCAUCAAAAUUGGAGAACAAUGACUAGAGAUUUUUGGUCAUUACUUACACCUUUAAUAUUUUCUGACCAUCCAAAGAGGCCUGGUGAUGAAGAUCCAUUACCUCCUUAUAACAUGAUAAGAAAUGUAAUGGAUAUGAAUGCCCACUUUGGAAGCUUCAAUGCUGCUGUUCUUGAUGCACAAAAAUCAGUUUGGGUGAUGAAUGUUGUGCCUGUCGGAGCACGUAAUACACUUCCUCUCCUAUUUGAUCAAGGAUUUACCGGUGUUUUUCAUGAUUGGUGUGAGCCAUUCCCAACAUAUCCUAGGACAUAUGACAUGCUUCAUGCAAACGGGCUGUUAUCGCAUAUAAUUUCAGAAAGAUGCAGCUUAACAAACUUAUUCUUGGAAAUGGAUCGCAUACUUCGUCCUGAGGGAUGGGUGAUUAUUAUAGAUAAAACGAGGCUUAUAGAGAAAGCACGAUAUUUAGCAACACAAGUCCGUUUUGAAGCAAGGGUAAUUGACCUUCAAAAUGGUAGCGACCAGAGAAUACUUUUGUGCCAAAAGCAAUUCCUGAGAAGAUGAAUCAUCCAUGAUGGAUCAAAAAUGGUAAAUUUUUUAAUAUAAAAUUAUAAUAGAUUCUUUGGUGGACUUAAUUGUCGCGGUUUUGGAAAGAAUCGACCAACAAUCUCGCGCAGCAGGUUGUAUAUUAGAAUUUGGCGAAUAGCCUGUGUCAUACUCUUCCAUUUUGAUCACGUAUGUAAGCAUGUCACUUGUUUAUUUUAUUUUUUCAUUCCAAGUUGUGUUUCUUCUUCGAUUCCUUGCAAAACACACCCUCGAAAAGGGUAAGGGAAAGAAGACUACGAUAAGGACUCUCUUCACAAAAAUCAUCAUAAUGUACACUUGUAAUUCUUCUCUUCAAUUCUUCCACUGGCUUUACAUUUGAUUUU